CUCUCCUCCCCCCGGGCGGGGACCCUGGGAGGGCGCAACCUCGCCCGCGCCCGCUCCCCGCUGGCCGCAGUUCCUCCUCCUCCUCCUCGCUGCCGCGGGGGCGGCCGGCCGGCGGGAGGAAGCCCUGAGGCGAGCCCGCGGGCCGGGACGGAACGAAAAUGGACAUCUCGCAGCUUCCCCGUGCGCGUAGUUUUAUUUGUCAGGACCUGGGGCUUCUGCUGAUCCUGUUGGAAGUCCUGCUGUCAGCCGUCAAAGUGGAUGCUGGUGGAAAGACUUACACAGGACCAUGUGGAGGAAGAGACUGCAGUGGAGGAUGUCAGUGUUUCCCUGAAAAAGGAAGCCGUGGCCAGCCAGGACUCCUUGGAGGACAGGGAUUCACUGGACCACCAGGAUUGAUGGGUAUCCCAGGAGUGCAAGGUCCCAAAGGUCAUAAAGGUGAAAGAGGAUCUCCAGGAAUAAGUGGACCCAAAGGAGAAGUGGGGCAAAGAGGAGUCACUGGAUUCCCCGGGGCAGAUGGCAUUCCUGGUCAUCCAGGGCAGCCAGGAUCGAGGGGGAAACCGGGUCAUGAUGGCUGUAACGGGACAGUAGGUGACCCUGGUGACUCUGGAACUCCCGGCCUCUCUGGUUUCCCUGGUACCAUUGGAGUCCAAGGGCCAAAGGGACAGAAAGGGGAGCCCUAUAUACUGCCACCGGACAUCGCAAGCCGAUACAGGGGGGAACCUGGAGAACCAGGGUUCAAUGGUUUUCAAGGACCUCCGGGUACACUUGGUAUUCAAGGACCUACGGGCCCAAGAGGAGAGCGAGGAAGACCAGGACCACCAGGGCCCCCAGGACCACAGGGACCACAAGGCAACAGGGGCCUGGGCUUCUUUGGAGAAAAAGGUGAACAGGGCCCCCCAGGUCCUCCAGGUCCACCUGGGCUUCCUACAAGAGAACUGAUGGGUGUCCCCUCUGACAAACACAAGGGUGAAAGAGGAGAUCCUGGACAAAAAGGGGAAGCUGGAGUUCCGGGUCUACUUCUCUAUGCUCCUGAAAAAGGUGAAGAAGGAGUAAUUGGUUUCCCAGGACAAAGGGGAUUGCCUGGCAUCAAUGGUUUUCCAGGACUCAGUGGAGAAAGAGGUUUUCCAGGAUUUGAUGGUCCACCGGGAGGCAUUGGUCCUAGGGGAAGCAAGGGGGAGGCAGGAGACAUCGGCCCUCCAGGACCAGUUUCCUAUUUUCCUUCCCGCAUCCCAAGGAAAGGUGCAAGAGGUGAUCCAGGUGUUCCAGGUGUUUCUGGACUACAGGGAGACCCGGGAGAGGAGGGAGAUCGUGGGCUUCCUGGUCUGCCUGGGUACUCUGAUGCGGAUGGGGAUAAGCCAGGUUUACCUGGAGAAAUAGGCCCAAAAGGUGAAAAAGGUGAAUUAGGAUCUCCUGCUUAUCAGGCAGGCCCACCUGGGUUUCCGGGUAAGCACGGCACACCAGGACUUCGUGGUCCACCUGGCCCCGCUGGAGCCCCUGGUUCUCUCUUUGGAUUAAAAGGACAGGAAGGAGUACCAGGUAGAUUUGGUAUACAAGGUUUUCCUGGGCCAAGAGGACAAAAAGGACCUAAAGGUGAAGAAGGGGAUUGCAGUACAUGCCUUCUCAGUGAUGAAAUGAGAAGGGGCUCUACUGGUCCUCCUGGCCCUCCUGGCUUCCCAGGAACUCCUGGGCAGCCUGGGAGGAAAGGAGAACCUGGUGAUCAAGGACCACAUGGUAAUCCUGGCUACCCUGGAGCAAAAGGAUUUUCGGGUCCAGGUGGAUUUCCUGGACCAAAAGGAGAAAAGGGAGAUUCUUUACGCAUAACAACUAAAGGCACCAAAGGAAUCCGAGGAGAUCCGGGGCUGCCUGGUAUCAGAGGUGAAGAUGGUUUCCCAGGCAGAGAUGGAUUAGAUGGUUUACCAGGACAGCCUGGCCUUCCUGGUGAUGGUAUCAGAGGUUUUCCUGGAGAUCCUGGUUAUCCAGGCGAAUUAGGCCCAAAAGGCUUUCCAGGAGAACCAGGCCUACCAGGUGAAGGAUUUCCUGGCCCAAAAGGAUUCCGAGGUCCUCCAGGUGACCAGGGACAAGAUGGAAACCCAGGACCUCCAGGUCUACCUGGUCUGCCAGGAGACCCUGGCCAACUAGACUGUGGGCAGGUCACAGAAGACUUUUCUAGAGGAGAUGGAACCGAGCCAAUAUGGUCAGGUGCAGGCUGUGUGAGGCCACCAAAGGGAUCCCAAGGCAAGCCAGGACUGCCAGGAGCCACAGGUGCAAAAGGUGCAAGAGGAUUCCCAGGUGAUCCAGGUCCAGUGGGAUACCCAGGGCUAAAUGGUACAAGAGGUGAUCCAGGUCGGGAAGGAUUCCCAGGUCCUCCAGGUUUUACUGGGCCCAGGGGAGACAGAGGCCCGAACGGUCUGCCUGGACUGCAGGGACACCCAGGCCUUACAGGGAAAUCCGGUGCUCCAGGAGCAGCAGGACCAAAGGGCCUUCCUGGUGACAUUAUAGGAGCAGCAGCAGGUUCCCGAGGGGAUAUUGGGCUCCCUGGCUUCCCGGGUUUGAAAGGUGCACCAGGAGAUCAAGGAAUUCCAGGAGUUAGAGGAGCGGAUGGUACCCCAGGUUUGCCAGGAGCUAAAGGAGAUCCAGGACCCCAAGGUCUCCCUGGUUUGAUGGGGUUGCCUGGAACACCAGGAACACGUGGAUUCCCAGGGCCACCAGGAAACCCUGGGCCAGAUGGCGGGCCUGGCUCCCAAGGACCUAUUGGUUCACCUGGUGCUAGGGGAGAAGAUGGUGAGCAAGGUUUCCCUGGCCCCGUGGGCCUGAAAGGUCUGUCUGGUGACAAAGGUGAAAUGGGUUACCCAGGAUUACAAGGUAUACCUGGAGCGACUGGUCCCCCUGGCAUAAGCGGAAUGGAUGGCUUUCCAGGAGAUAAAGGCUUAAGAGGUUCACCUGGUGUUGAUGGUUUCAAAGGCAUGACAGGCCUAAAAGGAAGACCAGGCAUCAAGGGGCUCAAAGGAGAAUUUGGCUCGUUCGGGGCUCGAGGCGAUAAAGGCUCCCAGGGUGCACGUGGCUUUAAAGGUGACCGUGGGGAUCAAGGCCCUCCAGGAGAACCCCCAAAGCUCAAGCCAAGCAUGAUGAUGGAAGUUAAGGGUGAAAAAGGAGAUGCUGGAGAAAGGGGCACGAAGGGAUUUUUUGGUUUAAAAGGUAGCAAGGGAAUGCCAGGCAUUCCUGGGAAGACAGGAACUCCAGGGUCCCCUGGGCAUCCCAGCUAUGUGGCAGGUGCAAAAGGAGACAUCGGUGCGAAAGGGCUGACGGGUCUGAAAGGGUAUCCUGGCCCAGCUGGCUCUCCUGGCAUCAGAGGCUUCCCUGGAAGCACAGGAGGCAGGGGAGAAAAGGGUAUUCCAGGAAUUUCAGGACAUUUGGGUACUCCUGGCUCACAUGGUGAAAUAGGUGAGCGAGGAGAUACUAUAAACUUACCAGGAAUGCCAGGACUUAAAGGGGAAGUUGGUGUGCCAGGCUUAACAGGCACAAGAGGAGGUUCAGGACAAAAAGGUGAAGGUGGUGAUCCCGGUUUCCCUGGCAUUGAAGGCCUCAAGGGCACACAGGGUGUCCCUGGAUCUGUGGGACAGGAAGGUUUGCCGGGACUGGUUGGUGCCCCAGGGCAGCAAGGAAGCCCUGGAACUCCUGGAUUUCAAGGUGAAAAGGGAACUCCAGGCUGGCCUGGCUUACCAGGACAAGCAGGCUUGCCUGGCUUAAGAGGAAUCGGUGGACUGCAUGGUUUACCAGGCACUAAAGGCUUACCAGGGUCACCAGGUCCAGAUGGCUACGGCCCUGCAGGUUUCCCAGGUGGAGUGGGUGACAAAGGCGAAGCAGGAGAGCCUAGCAGAGUUCAAGGCAGCCGAGGACCCCCGGGACAGAAGGGAGACAGAGGAGUUCCAGGAAUCCAAGGACCCUUUGGCAUUCCGGGGCAGGAUGGUUUUCCAGGGCCUCCUGGGAUUUCAAAUAUAUCAGGAUAUCCUGGUGAUAAAGGCUCCCCAGGUCUAGAUGGAGUGCCAGGCUAUCCAGGACAACAGGGGCAACCUGGAAUACCAGCUCCACCAGGAAGCAAAGGAGAAAGUGGACAACCAGGUGUAAGUGGAGAAUUUGGCCCAAAAGGAAGUAGAGGUGAUCCUGGAUUAACAGGGAGACCUGGCAUUCCUGGGUACCCUGGACCAAAAGGUCGUAAAGGUGAACAAGGUGUCAUCGGCUUUAUGGGCACAGGAGGAUUUCCAGGUGAUUUAGGACCAAUUGGACCCAAGGGGGACAGAGGAGUAACUGGCUUUCAAGGCCCUCCAGGCUCUCCUGGGCUGGCCCCGACUCCUCCAAGGCUGGUUGCUGAGCAGGGUUCACCAGGUCCUCGUGGAAAUAUAGGACCUCAAGGAAGCCCAGGUGACACAGGACCUCAGGGUCCACCAGGAGAUCCAGGUUUCAGAGGCUCACCCGGACAGCCAGGACUCCAGGGCAGGGGUGGCAUUCCAGCUCCUCCCGGCUUCAGAGGUGAACAAGGAGCAGCAGGGUUUCAGGGUCCGGUGGGAUUUGAAGGUCAGCCAGGCCGCCCUGGUAGCCCCGGACUACCAGGCAUGCCGGGUCGCAGCGUUAGCAUGGGCUACCUGCUGGUGAAGCACAGCCAGUCUGAUCAAGAGCCGAUGUGCCCAGUUGGCAUGAACAAACUCUGGAGUGGAUACAGCCUACUGUACUUUGAAGGCCAAGAGAAAGCACACAACCAGGAUUUAGGGCUGGCUGGCUCAUGUUUGGCUCGUUUCAGCACUAUGCCAUUCCUCUACUGUAACCCUGGGGAUAUUUGUUAUUACGCAAGUCGAAAUGAUAAAUCUUACUGGCUCUCAACUACAGCGCCUCUUCCAAUGAUGCCUGUGGCAGAAGAAGACAUUAAGCCUUAUAUCAGUCGCUGCUCGGUUUGUGAGGCCCCAGCUGUGGCAAUUGCUGUCCACAGCCAAGAAGCUUCUAUUCCUCACUGCCCUGAAGGCUGGCGCAGUUUGUGGAUCGGAUAUUCCUUCCUUAUGCACACUGCUGCUGGUGAUGAAGGUGGAGGACAGUCGCUGGUUUCUCCUGGGAGCUGCCUGGAAGAUUUCAGAGCGACUCCCUUCAUCGAAUGCAACGGCGCGCGCGGAACCUGUCAUUACUUUGCAAAUAAAUACAGCUUCUGGCUGACUACAGUUGACCAGCCCUUCCAGAGCAAGCCCUCAGCAGAUACACUCAAGGCAGGACUCAUCCGAAGCCAUAUCAGCAGAUGUCAAGUCUGUAUGAAAAAUUUAUAGAAGGCUUUCACAGUAUAAGGAACCUGCUUCUCACGUAGUGCUUAUACAGUGAAACCUUCCAUGAUGGUUAGACAUUUGAACAAAUCGUGUUGGUGCUUUUUUAACUUAUUACCUCAAAAGCUGAAUGGGAAAUUAAUUCUUUUUCAAGUGUGCAAAAGCAAAUUGAGUGUAACACACAGUAAGUCUAACACACAAAUCUAGUGCAGCCUUCUACUAUACAGUAUAUAGGCUUUUUUUUUUUGCUACUCUUUAACGAUAUUAUGUCAUUUGCCAAAGGAUACAAAUAUUGCCGGCUUUGAAACACCAAAAAAAAGCUUCUAUAACAAAUAAAUGGUUACCUUGGUCAGAUACCACUACAUUUACUUUAAGAGAAUCUACGUAUCUUUUCUAUGUACUGUAUUUGUCACAACAGUAAACACUAACAGUUGCAGUUCUGUAAGUUAACACAGGGUGAUCAAAGUGCUAAUCCCUUGCAAAACACUGAAAAUAGACUCUGGAAAGUGCUUACAUCCAGCAUCGAAAUCUAACUUUGAUAUUUUAUGCUUAGGCUUUUCAAACACACCCAAAGCAGUCAUCUUUUUGUUGUACUUGAGGGCUUUUUUAAGUCUCAUCAUGCUUUAGCACUUAACCACUGGCAAUUAGCAGAGAAGCCCAAAAAUAUUGGCCAAAAAAUGCAGCUCCUCCUGUUUUGACUAGACUGUAUGAUGAAGAUCAGCAUAUUAGUUUAUGAGCUUGAUGGGGUUUUUUUCUAGACAUACCCCAGGCCAGGGAAUCACGACAAAGGUCUCUUGCUCCACUGUGGUGUGGACACUCCUCUGCGUCACACUGCCCGGGCAGCAGCAGCACCAAGUGACUGUUUGCUCUGCAGCUUUUCCCCUCUGAAAUGAGGCUACUCAUCACCACCACACUUCAGACACAUCCUGUUGGAGCAGCCAUCGCACAGAGGGUAGGGUUUUGCAGCAAAGCAUGUUGCUCAAUGUCACACGACCUUCAAAGGCAGAACUUCCAAACCUGCCAGUUGUCUGUCUGAAAGGCAUGCUGUCCUGGCAGCUGGGGACACAUGGCAAUGGGAUGACCAUCAUCCCAACUUGCACACAGGCAUCCUUGGAAAAGCAAAGGGGAAGGAAGCAAGGCCUUUACUUGGUAUCAUCUUUUCCCAUAGAGAACCAGGUUAUUGCAUGCCAGGCUAGCUAAAGGGCCAGAAUGGGUAGCUUUUUCCUGCUGUGGAAAGAAGCAACUUAGCCCAAAGCUGUCUGACAACACUACAAGACAGGGCAAAAAACAGGAUCAUCUGCAAGUUUCUAUUCACAUAGUCUGAUUAUAUACCUGAAUGCUUAAUACUGAAAUCCAAGAGGCUUCAACAGUUCACCUCACUCCUGCUUCAGGUGCUUCUUGGCUUUUGUAAUUACAUUCCAUUCUCACUGUAUCAUAAAUAAAACCUGGUUUUUCUACA